GUUUAGAGAUCCAUUUUGAUUUAUUCCAUCACACCCCAAAGUUAAAAAUGGUGAAAUUUUGGCUCCAUCGGAGAUGAUGGAAAAAUAUUCGUACACGUCUCAAUCUCUACAAAUUAAAAGCCGCCUCAUGCAUGAAUUUUCAAAUCCUCUGACCUCCCAUGCAAUUUCCUCUCUAUUUUUUUUUUAAAUUAUAAUUUUUCAAACACGUUUAUCUCUCUCUCUAUAUAUAUAGAAUAUAUAAAGUGUAUGCAUAUAUACUUAUAACAUAAAAAAAUGGAAUUAUGGAAAGUGUUUUCUUUUAGCGUUGCCGUUUUGAUAUUGGCCGCAACAUCCCAAGCGCAACCACAAUGCGGCAGCCAAGCAGGCGGAGCAUCAUGCGCCGCCGGGUACUGUUGCAGCCAGUACGGCUACUGCGGCACCACCGCGGAGUACUGUUCUCCGAGUUCCGGGUGCCAGAGCCAGUGUUCGCCCUCCGGAGGAGCUCCGCCGGCGACACCUGGUGCCGGCGGCGAUAUUAGCGGCGUUAUCCGCGAGGCGGUUUUCGACGAGAUGCUGAAGUAUCGGGACGAUCCUCGGUGCCACGCGCCUGGGUUCUAUACGUAUGACGCCUUCAUCGCCGCCGCUAAAUCAUUCGGAGAGUUCGGGACGACGGGGGACUCCGACACCGUGAAGCGAGAAAUCGCCGCCUUCUUGGGUCAAACCUCCCACGAGACUACCGGAGGGUGGGACUCUGCACCGGAUGGUCGAUAUGCUUGGGGUUAUUGCUUUUUAAGAGAAAAUACUUCAGACCGUUAUUGUAACGUUACUCGAGAAUGGUCUUGUGCUCCUGGCCAAUCCUAUUUUGGACGCGGUCCUAUUCAAAUCUCUUACAACUACAAUUACGGAGCAGCGGGAAAGGCGUUGGGCUACGACCUGAUAAGUAACCCGGACCUGGUUGCCACGGACCCGACCCUCUCCUUCAAGACCGCCCUGUGGUUCUGGAUGACCCCCCAGGGAUCCAAACCCUCGAGCCACGACGUGAUGACGGGGCAAUGGACCCCGUCGGCGGCCGGGCGGGUCCCGGGCUACGGGCUGGUCACCAACAUCAUAAACGGCGGGGUCGAGUGUGGUGGGGGCGGAGCUGGUGACAGAGUUGCGGACCGGAUCGGGUUCUACAAACGGUACUGUGACAUUUUCGGUGUCGCCUAUGGGGAUAAUUUGGACUGCUCCAAUCAAACUCUCCAUAACACACUCUCUAAUUUCUCAACUCCCCACCCCUGGAAAUAAAAUGAAGAAUCUUCACUCUGUGAUAAUAUAGUACUGUAUACGUUUUGAUGUAAUUCUUGUGUUUAAAAUAAUGAAGAAUCUUCACUCCG